UUCGUCGGAGUUGGCAACACGACUAACCGAAAUUACAGAUAUGGCGUGCGAAGCACGUGUUUGUUUGAAUUGAGUCUGUUUACUCGAGUUGUACUGUGGAUUGAUAUUUGUUAAAUUAUUUGACAUGUCUGACGAAAACAGUGAACAACAAAAUCAUGCGGAUAAAGAUAUUAGCUGGAAGGAAUGGAGACACGAGAAAAAACAAUUGCAUAAAAAAUGGAAGGAGCAAAGAUUGCUGAAGAAGUUGGAGAAGAAGAGAAAAAGAGAAGAAGCCGAAAAAUCCAAAGAAAUAGAAUUAAAGGCUGAAAGUAACAAUGGAAGAGAUUACACUUUGAGCAUUGCCCUUCCAGGCUCGAUUCUUGAUAAUGCACAAACUGCAGAGUUGCAAACUUUACUGGCGGGUCAGAUAGCAAGAGCUGCAACUAUAUUCAAUGUAGAUGAAAUUGUUGUGUUUGAUGAAACUGGUUCAUUACAUAAGUCUGAAAAAAAUGCCGAGACACUUAUUUAUGGUGAUAAGGGAUAUUCAAAUAUUCAGUUAUCGAGAAUAUUGCAGUAUUUAGAAUGCCCACAGUAUCUGAGGAAAGAACUGAUACCGUUGCACCCGGAUUUGAAGUAUUCUGGAUUGUUGAAUCCUCUCGAUGCUUCCCACCAUCUGAGAGCUACGGACGAAUGCCGAUAUCGUGAAGGCGUCGUUGCAAAUUUGCCAAUUAAAGAAGGAAAGGGAUCUUAUGUGAGAGUGGGAUUGAAAAAAGAAGCACGAAUAGACAAAGCACUUGAAAUUGGAACCAGAGUCACUGUUCGUCUAGAACCCGAUCGGGAAAGUAAAAAGCAUUUGAAAGGUGUGGCAGUCUCACCUUCGGCACCUAGAGUGGAAGCCGGAAUUUAUUGGGGUUACAAUGUGAGGUUGGCCUCGAGUUUGAGUGCAGCCAUUGCCGAAUGCUCUUUUAAAGACGGAUACGAUAUAAUUGUCGGUACUUCUGACAAAGGCGACAAUGUAGAUAAAGUAAAAUUAUCUCCUUUUAAACAUAUGCUCGUUGUUUUUGGUGGACUUGGUGGAAUAGAAGCCAGUAUAGAGUCUGAUGAAAUGUUAAAAGUUGAAGAUCCACGUUUUUUAUUCCAUUACUAUUUGAAUACUUGUCCGGAUCAAGGUUCUCGCACAAUAAGAACUGAAGAGGCAAUACUUGUCUCCUUAGCUGCACUGAGGCCAAAAAUUUUGAAAUGUCAGAAAAAAAGAUAAUGUCAUGUUUUUAUAAAAUUUUAAAUUAAAAACUUAUUUUAAUUUUAAGUUUCAGAUUCAUUUCUUUAUAUUAUCAAUAUAAAAUUUAAAUAAUUUCUUGUGAUGCUAACUAAUUUCAUUGUAUGUGAUUAAAAACAAAUGACCUGCAUUAUUAUAUCAUUUUAGAAACUACUAAUUAUAGUAUCAGAACCACUAAAUUAUUACUGUUAUCUGUAUUUAUCUUGUUUCAUUUGUUUUUUUUCUUUAGUUUCACGUGAAUUUUGGAAUUAUUCAAAAUAAAUAAGCUAUCAUCAUUACAGUGUAUCUCAAUGCAAGAGCAAAUAAACUAAGAGUAUUGCAUCAUCUGCCAAAAGACCUGAAACACAUUAAGCUGUAUGUUUUAAAAAUUUGUUUAUUAAAAAAUACAGAAGAAACAAUUGUCUUCAUUUCCAUCAUGUGCAAUCACCAGGAAUGGAAACAAUUUUUAUUCACAGAGGUAACCUUUUAUGAGAGUUUACGCAUCUUCAAAAUUAUGUAAAACAGUUAAAACAUUCACUGAUGAUAAGCCAAAAAAUUAAGAAAGAUAUGUAAUUUUAAUUAAAAAAGAAGACUAUUUUUACAGUUUAAAAAUAUACACAGAAGAAACUAAGUAGUCUUUAUUUAUGUCUAUUUUUACAAUUUAAGAGAAAAAAUGUCUCUGUCUUACUUUUCUUUGCAGAGAUGAAUUUUUCUUACAGACAUAGUCUCUAAGAAAAGGUCAUCUCUGCAAAGACUUUUUCUCUUCCUGGUAAUUGGACAUGAUGGAAAUGAAGACUGCCUAGUUUUCUUUUUAAAAUGUAAAAAUACUGUAUGCCUUUUCAUUUUAAAUAUUUAUUUGCUCUUUGCAUUUUCAUAUAACUAUGUGCUGCCAGGUAAAUAUGUUUUGUUUGUAU